UGUGUGCCCCAGACCCGGCAAGUGGCUAGGUUGGGGUCUCAGGUCUUAGAUGUUAGGCUUGGCUGCGAUGUCUGUUUGGUAUUAGGCCCAGCCUAUCUGCGCCCCUUCGUCAACUGAAUAGGUGUAGCGACAUUUGUUGCUUAGAUGGCGGCUUUAGUCUUACUGUUGUAUGACUUUGUAAGGUCUUGUGAGAAUAAUUAAUAAAAUGGCCGUAUGCAUCGACCAGAUGCAGAGGCCGGGGGUCAUCCUCCUUUUUCUAAAAAAAAAAGGAAGAACCAGGUUUUGAAACUUUGAUUUGCCCAUUCAGACAAGGCUGGGACUUAUUGAGUACAAAGCUUUGAUUGUGAUUUGGGCGGUACAAACUAAGCUCUGACUUUUUUUGGUAUAGGAAAGAGAUGGCGACCUCUCUCUCGCACCUUGAGCCCAACAAUCUUUCCACUAGAUCGUACUAGGAGCGCUGAUGACUGGCAGAUACAGACAUCUCUCGUUACACUGAUCUUGACCAAGGGUGUUGCUCGCUGCUCACUGUUACUUCUCAGAGAGCAAGGGAGAUUUAGCUUUUUCCUCCAGAGCAAGUGCCAGUCAGGAUCUGUCUCUCAUAACUCUGGUCGAUUCAAGCUCCAGCUCAAGGCACCGAACACUGCAAGUACUUACCAGAGAGCAAGGGAUAUCUAUCUAGUUUUUGCUCUGGAGCAAAGGCCAACCAAGAUCAUCUCUGGUCUCUCCGGUCGAUUCAAGUACCAGCUCAAUCGUGAGCGUACUCUGCAACCAAUGGCGGGGGUUCUGGAUGCUUUGGCAUCCUAUGUGACCAAGAUGCUUGCCGACAUGGCCAGAGAAGAGGUGGCCACGCUAAUCGGCUUGUCCGGCGGGAUCAAAGACCUGAACAUCAAGCUUGGGGACCUCAAGAAUUUCCUUGCUGACGCUGAUAGGAGGAACAUCACUGAUGAGAGUGUACAGGGGUGGGUGGGGGAACUGAAGCGUGCCAUGUACCUGGCCACCGACAUCGUCGACCUAUGUCAGCUCAAGGCCAUGGAGCAGUGUCCAUCCAAGGACAUGGGGUGCCUUAACCCACUCCUCUUCUGCAUGCGAAACCCCCUCCACUCCCACGACAUUGGCACCUGCAUCAAGGCAUUGAACAAGGAGAUGGAUAGCAUCUGCAAGCGGGGCAAGAAAUUUAAAUUUGCCAAGCUAGAAGCCUACCAAGACUUGAAGAUGACUCGAUCUCUUGCCACUGACCGCAAAACAGAUUCAUUGUUGGAGCGGUCAGGUAUUGUUGGCGAGAAGAUUGAGGAGGACACAAGAGCACUCGUGGAGGUGCUCACAAGUGAGGAGGGCAGUGACAAGACUGGUCGCCACAUGGUGGUUGCCAUUGUUGGUGUCGAUGGGAUUGGCAAGACCACCCUCAGCAAGAAGGUCUUCAAUGACGAGGCUAUCAAAGGCAAGUUCACUAAGAAGAUAUGGCUUAGUAUCACACAGGAUUUCACCGAUGUUGAGCUAUUAAGUACAGCCAUUACUGCCGCUGGGGGAGACCAACCUGAAGGGGGUGGGACUCGAGAUAGGGCCCUACUUGUUGAUGCUCUCGAGCUGAUGCAUGGAACAAACUGCUCAUAACUCCCUUUCACUACUAGGGAAAACCUUAUACACAAAAAUUUAGCAACAGCGCGGGUCAAAAAAGUGCGCUAGUGCUAUAUAGCAGUAGCGAUCAAAGAAAAACCGCGCUAUAGAUACAAACUUAGCAGUAGCGCUUGUGGUAAAGAAAGCGCUACUACUAAUAUUCCAAUUGGCAGAAUGCUAGGCUAUGCAUAGCAGUAGCGGGCUUCGAAGAAAUGCGCUACUGCAAGAGCAUAAUUAGCAGCGCGUUUCUUGGGAAGAGCGCUACUACUAACGGAAAUAAAAUAAGAUGAAAAACAAAUAGAAAAG